CUCUUCUUUUGCUCUCCUCUCAUUUUACAGCCAUCUCUCUUCCCGUGAAAAACGACCUGAAUAAAGGGGACACUAAGGUGAUGAAGUGCAUUGUGGAGGUCAUCUCUGACACUUUAUCAAAGCCAAACCCCCUGCCAAUCAGCGACGAAUGCCUAGAAACACUCAGAGGAGAUGAACGAAUCAUUUCUAUCCUUCGCCACCAAAAUUUAUUGAAGGAACUUCAGGAAAUCGCUGCUCAAGGUGCCAAUGAGAGAACUCAGCAGCAGAAGAAAAACAGUGGUUUUGAAGAUGAACUUUCUGAAGUCCUUGAAAGUCAGAACGACAAGAACAAGCAGAGAGAUGCCGCAGGGGAGCGCCCUGAUGAGGAGCAGCCCACAGGGUCCCUGGUUGACCUGGCGGCACAGAAAACCCAGCAAAAGGAAGAUUCAAGGGAGGAGGGGAAAAACAGCCUGGAGGGAAGGGAGCCCAGGCCACAGGAUGCUGACUCUGGAGAGAAGGAGGACGAGGAGGAAAGGGAGAGCAAUGAGAUCGGAGUAGCAGAGGAUGCCUGGCGAGACAAAGCUUUGGACAACCACAUCAGCAAAGACUUCAUCGAAGGUGAGCGGCAGCAGCAAGUGGAUGAAGAGGAGCAGCCCAGAGGCCCCAGGGACAGCCUGGAGCUCGAGGAUGAGGGAGAGCAGCCAUCGAGACAGGGCCAGGAGCACAGUAAGGAGGCAGCAGGAGAGCGUGUGGAGCGGGAGGAUGACAGAGGAGAUGAAGCUGCAGAGGAGGACCCUACCGAAGCAGAGAGGUCACUUGAUUUGGCUGAGGAGGACGAGGAGGCUGAGGAGAUGCAGGGAGACGACAAUAAUGACGAUGCUCUGGGAUUUGGCAAAGAUGCGCAAAGUUCUGAGGAGGAGGAGGAGGAGGAGGAGGAGGAAGAAGAGCAGCCCCGGGCACUGAGAGGAGGAAGGCAUCAGCUGGAGAAUGAGGGGAUGCAGGAGGACACUUUCCAGGCCAGGGUUGCCAAAAGCGAGGAGGUGGAGGAGGAGUCCUCCAGGGAGUGGGAACCUUCCAAGAGGUGGAACAAAAUGGAUGAGCUGGCCAAGCAGCUGACAUCAAAGAAGCGCAUGGAGGAAAACGAAAGUGGGGAAGACCCAGACAGGUCCAUGAAAAUGGCAUUCAGGUCCCGCAAGUAUGACUUCAGUAGUCCAGAGGAAGAUGUGAGAAGGUCAUGGAAGCAUCACUCAAAGGAAGACAGCAGUGAAGGCUUCCCGCUUGCUCCCAUGCCUGAAGAAAAGAAGGACGAGGAAGGCAGCGCUAACAGGAGAACGGAGGACCAGGAGCUGGAGAGCCUGGCCGCCAUCGAGGCUGAGCUGGAGCGCGUCGCACACAAGCUGCACGAGCUGAGGCGAGGCUGA